UUCACAUUUUGAAAAACAAACACCUUUAGAGAGCCACUUGAUUGACAGAUUGGCCCCCCGCCCCGCUGGAGGCGGGUCCUCGCUGCUCCUAUAUAAAACCAGACGCACCCCGCAGCUCCUCAGUCACUGGCACGCAGAGCGUCCACGUGCACGUUAGCGUGAAGUACACUUUUCCUUCUUUUUUUUUUUUUUUCCUUUUUGUUGGCACUUCGCUCCGCAGACUUUACAAUGCGUCCUGUAGAUGCUGUGGAUUCUUAACCGACUUGCAGAGUCCGCGGGCACUUCGGAGGAGUGACGCGCACAGGAAGCCACCAUGCAGCGGAGCGUGCUCGUGCUGCUCAGCCUGGUACUGCACGGCUCCGCGUGCGCGGCCGCCAAGGAGCCCAAGUGUCAGGAGAUCUCGGUGCCGCUGUGCAGAGGGAUCGAAUACAACUUAACCUACAUGCCGAACCAGUUCCACCACGACACGCAGGACGAGGCGGGUUUGGAGGUGCACCAGUUCUGGCCGCUGGUGGAGAUCAACUGCUCCCCGGACCUGCGCUUCUUCCUGUGCAGCAUGUACACCCCGAUCUGCCUGGAGGACUACAAGAAGCCGCUGCCGCCGUGCAGGAGCGUGUGCGAGCGCGCCAGAGCCGGCUGCGCGCCGCUCAUGAGGCAGUACGGCUUCCCGUGGCCGGACCGCAUGAGGUGCGACCUGUUGCCGGAGCAGGGCAACCAGGACACGCUGUGCAUGGACUACAACCGCAGCCAGACCACCGCCUCCCCGGUGCCGGCCAAGCCCACCAACCAGCCGCUGAAGUCCCACAACUCGCGCAAAAAGAGCGCGUACGGCCGCGGGACGGCCGGGAAAGUCAAACCGGCGGCGGCGCAGUGCGAGAAGGGAUGUUUCUGCCGCGCGCCCAUGGUGCCGGUGAGCAGCGAGAGCCACCCGCUGCACAAUCGGGUGCGAACGGGUCAGAUCCUGAACUGCGCCGUGCCGUGCCACAGCCCGUACUUCUCGGCGGAGGAGCGGACUUUCACCGCCUUCUGGAUCGGACUCUGGUCCGUCUUGUGCUUCAUCUCCACCUUCGCCACCGUGGCCACCUUCCUCAUCGACAUGGAGCGCUUCAAGUAUCCCGAGCGGCCCAUCAUCUUCCUGUCCGCCUGCUACAUGUUCGUGUCCGUGGGCUACAUCGUCAGGCUGAUCGCCGGCCACGAGGAGGUGGCGUGCAGCGCGAACCACAUCCACUACGAGACCACGGGGCCCGCGCUCUGCACCAUCGUCUUCCUGCUCAUUUACUUCUUCGGCAUGGCCAGUUCCAUCUGGUGGGUCAUCCUGUCCCUCACCUGGUUCCUGGCCGCGGGGAUGAAGUGGGGGAACGAGGCCAUCGCCAGUUACGCGCAGUACUUCCACCUGGCGGCGUGGAUCAUCCCCAGCAUCAAGUCCAUCGCGGUUCUCGCUCUGGGUUCCGUGGACGGGGACUCGGUGGCAGGAAUUUGCUACGUGGGGAACCAGAACCUGGAUAACCUGAGGGGGUUCGUCCUGGCGCCCCUGGUGAUCUACCUCUUCAUCGGCACCAUGUUCCUGCUGGCCGGGUUCGUGUCGCUCUUCAGGAUCCGGAGCGUCAUUAAGCAGGGCGGCACAAAGACCGACAAACUGGAGAGGCUGAUGAUCCGGAUCGGGGUGUUCACAGUUCUCUACACGGUUCCGGCCACAGUCAUCGUGGCGUGUUACUUUUACGAGCAGCACAACCGACAGACGUGGGAAAUUACGCACAACUGCACGUGCGUAACGGAGCGGAGCCGGCAGAAGCCGGACUACGCCGUGUUCAUGCUCAAGUACUUCAUGUGUCUGUUGGUGGGUAUCACGUCCGGAGCGUGGAUCUGGUCCGGGAAAACCCUAGACUCCUGGAGGACUUUCUGCACGCGCUGCUGCUGGGGGAGCAAAGCUUCGGCGGGCUCCAUGUACAGUGACGUCAGCACCGGGCUGACGUGGAGGUCCGGCACGGCCAGCUCGGUCUCCUGCCCCAAACAGAUGCCCCUGUCCCGGGUCUGAACCGCGUGGACCGGAACAUUCCCACAAUGUGAAUUAUGGAUUUCUGCGCGCGCGCGCGCUGCCUUAUCUGGGGGGGGGGG